UCCCUGACCACUCUAACCCCCCCUACUCUGGAGCACAGGUGUAACCUAUGGGGUGGUAGGGUGGUGAUGUGACCCCUCUAACAACCUGCCCCAACACCCCCAACCAAUUGGCAGUGGUUUCAGAGGCCUCAGACCUCCCAAGAACAAUCCUGAACCAAUUGGAAUGAGUACAGUGGGGGUGGGGUUUAGGCAGCAAACCCACUAGGUCUAUCUGCUUUCCCAAAUGACCCUUCUGUUUAUCUGAGACCGUGCUAAGGCAAGCAAGGGCAGAUAUGGAUUCUUUCACAAUGCCUGUAGGCCCACUCACUACACCACCAAGACGGCCUUAUAGAAAGCGUUACCGUAGAAAUAGUUUUGAGGAGGAGACCCGGCUCCUUGCCCAAAGACUCUUUGAGAAGCCUGACCCUGUCGGGGAAGAGCCUGUGAACAGGCAAUUGGAGGAGACCCAGGACCUCGAAGCAGACGUUGAGACUUUGGAAGAUGGUACCUUUGUACCUGAUCCUGCGUGUGAAGUACAGGUCACUGCAGAGGAGAGACUGCUAGAUGAAGCCUUUUUAAUGACACCAGAAAACCUCCUCACCAGUACACCAGAAGGAAGUGUAUGCUUCUGCAGAGAACAAAGACCUGAUGAGGCUGAAGAGUUAAGAAGUCAUCUCAGCAUCGAAGCUACACAAGCUCUUACAUCACGUGAACGUAAAGUUUUCAUGAAGUCUCUUGUUCGCAUUUCCUUUUAUGGCAUAAUGAAAUGCUGCUUGAGGCAGAGACUUUUUGACUUAUGCCGGGGGUGCACAUUUGACUUAGGGGGUCAAGAACCCCACGAAUGUAUUGCUUGGUUAGAUGAAGACAUAAAUAAAAUAAUUCAGGAUCAUUGCCAGGAAAUAUGUCUUGAUAGCAUUUUCAAUGCUGUUAUAAUCAUAGGGUUUGCCAGGAACAGUCUCAGAAUUACUGAGAAACACUUAAUUCAGGUUAGACAGCUUCUAAACACGGUGUAUUCUGCAGAAGAUCCUAAGGCUGCCCUUCAUGAUUUGAUCACUGAGGAAGAUGAAACAUUCAUACCCCAUAUUGAACACUUAAUUGGUGCUAGAGAUUAUAAAACCCUGCUUAAGAGAAGGGAUUAGCAAAACGAGUUUGGGGCGUACCUCUGUUGCUGUUCUGGGUGGGAGACUGGGGAAUGUGAGGCUGUAAAACACAACAACAGUUUUCUACAUCUAAUGUAUUUUAGCAUUUGCUUUAGUGUCUUGGAUAUCUUAUCACAUACAUAUAGGGUUUUUUUGUAAAGAUAAAACAAUGAGACUUAAUGGUCAUUAGAAAUGAUAAAAAUCCUUCUUAGGAGAAGGGGUAACAAAAUAAACUAGUAAAAUAUUGUAAAAGUUUUAAUGGAAAUAAAGACUGAAUUUAAAAACA